GCCUUGUGACAAGCAGAUUGUUAGGGAUGGCUGCAAUCAUGGCAGGAGUCUAUGUUGCUUUGUCAGCUUUGCUUUGCAUUUCCUUUACAAAUGCAGAAUAUCUGAGAUAUCAGAAACAUUACGAAGAUGACGUUUCAGAAUUCAUAAAUUUUCUAAAGAAACCUUUCCUUCCAGAGCGUUUCAAGUCACUGGAUUUCUUUCAAAAGGCGGGCUUGGAUCCUAGUAAGAGGUUGACAGCCUUUCAUUUCAAGAACUGUGGAGGGAUGGUAGAUGUAAAGAGCUUGUCUGUCACACCUGACCCCCUGCAGUUCCCCGGGACCAUCACUUUCAGUGCUAGUGCAGCUCUAAAUACCACUGUCUCAGGUGAAAUAAAUGGAGCGAUUGAAUUGAAAAAGAAGGCGGCAGGAAUCUGGGUUCCUCUUCCAUGUGUUGAUAAUAUUGGUUCUUGUAAAUACAAUGACCUCUGCUCUCUGCUGAGUACAGUGACACAAUGCCCACCCCAGCUCACUGCUAUUGGCAUUGACUGCAAGUGUCCAAUCAAAGCUGGUAAAUAUACUCUUCCGAGUUGGAGCCAGGACGUUGGGGCAGAACUGUUUCCCACAGGGGAUUACCAAUUAACGGGCAGAGUGACGGACAAGGAUGGGAAACUUGUAGCAUGUCUUGAAGUAGAGCUCUCUGAGAUGAAACAAGAAUUCCAUGUUCCAGAGUCUGGCGAAGACGAGGCCGCUUACCUUGAUGAUGAACAUCACAUUAAAUUGAACGAUGAAACUGAACUUCUAAUGGAUCUUCUUAACUUAAACGCACUCCCGGAAAGAUACAGAGGGGAGGAUUACUUUAAAUCUGUUGGAAGGAAAAAGUCCUCCAGAGUGGAAGCUUUCCAGUGGACAAACUGUGGUAAUAACGACCCAGCAAGUAUCUUGAGUUUGUCCGUUACACCAGAUCCAAUACAGUUUCCAGGAACUAUCAAUAUUGCUGGAAAGCUACAGUUCAACGCCUCGUUUCCAGCUCCUCUUCCGGCAAGCCUUGUUGUAUCAAAGAAAGCAGCUGGGAUCUGGGUCAAGCUCCCAUGCAUUGACAGUUUUGGUUCUUGUGAUUACCCUGAUCUGUGUCAGAUCCUGAGCACUGUGGGGGACUGCCCCGACCCUAUCGCCUCAUCCGGUCUGGGAUGUCAGUGCCCAUUCAAAUCAGGUACGUUUGAUGUUCAUGGUCUCUCUUUUGAUGUGGAUGCCUCUGCUUUUCCCUCCGGAGACUACAAGCUUAGAGGGUCUAUAACCACGGGUGGAAAAGAGGAUGCGUGUAUUGAGAUUGUUAUAACUAUUGCCUGAUAGAGUGUUUCUAGUUUUUGAUAUACAUGUUUUUAAUAUUAGAAUAAACAUUCCUUU